UUUGAGGAACAGAGGUUAAUUUUAGGUGGUUUAGAUACUCAGAUACUCAGUUGGAUGCAAGCAAGUGGCCUGCGAGGGUGCUGUUAUUGUGACCACGCUUACUUCUGACAAAAACGAGAUCGGAUCGGAGCGGACUAGUCUAGCUUCAGUUGUAGUGUUCGAUUGUCCUAGACCAUCCGUCUGUAUUCCUUUACGUUUAAGGUCGAUUUCCUUGAAAGGAGAACGCAAUCGAAAUGUACACAAACUGCGCUAACGAUGGUGACGGGGGAGGAGAUGGGCGCAAGCACGAAUCUAUCGAAAUGAGCAAAGAAUUGGGUCACCCACCAAACUUGCAGUCUAACACACCAACAAAUACGGACGCGUCCACUAAGCAGCAGUUGGUUAAAAUCGAACUCCCCGAACGAGGAUCAUGGUCUUCCAAAAUGGAUUUUAUACUAUCAGUGGUAGGCCUUGCAAUUGGUUUGGGAAAUGUUUGGCGAUUUCCUUAUUUAUGCUACAAAAAUGGAGGAGGUGCAUUCAUAUUGCCAUACAUAAUAACGUUGUUUUUGGCUGGGAUUCCAAUGUUUUUCAUGGAGUUAGCUCUUGGUCAAAUGUUAACAAUUGGUGGUCUUGGUGUAUUUAAAAUUGCACCCAUAUUUAAAGGAAUUGGAUAUGCUGCUGCAGUUAUGUCUUGUUGGAUGAAUGUUUACUAUAUUGUAAUUCUGGCUUGGGCUGUAUUUUACUUCUUCAUGUCAAUGAGAGCAGAUGUACCUUGGAGAACUUGUAACAAUUGGUGGAACACCGUUAGCUGUGUCAGUCAAUAUGAAAGGACAAAUUUAAAUUGCUGGGACAAAAUAAUUAAUGGAACCGCAAAAAGAAUUUGUUCCGUGUCUGCUGUAAAUAUUACAUCUUCCGAACUUACAGAUCCAGUCAAAGAAUUUUGGGAGCGUCGUGCGCUUCAGAUUUCACAUGGAAUUGAGGAGAUUGGAAAUAUUCGCUGGGAAUUGGCUGGAACUUUGUUGCUUGUGUGGAUCCUCUGCUAUUUUUGCAUUUGGAAAGGAGUAAAAUGGACUGGGAAAGUCGUGUAUUUUACAGCUCUUUUUCCUUAUGUUCUUUUGACGGUUCUAUUAGUUCGUGGAAUAACGUUACCUGGUGCAUUGGAAGGCAUUAAAUUUUAUAUUAUUCCAAACUUUUCAAAGUUGUCAAACUCCGAGGUUUGGAUAGAUGCUGUUACGCAGAUAUUCUUCUCAUAUGGCCUUGGUCUUGGAACUCUAGUGGCACUAGGAAGUUACAACAAGUUUACCAACAAUGUUUAUAAAGACGCGUUAAUUGUCUGCACAGUUAAUUCCAGCACCAGUAUGUUUGCUGGAUUCGUUAUAUUCUCUGUUAUCGGAUUUAUGGCUCACGAGCAACAGAGACCAGUAGCUGAAGUAGCUGCAUCAGGACCUGGAUUAGCAUUUCUCGUUUAUCCAUCGGCAGUUCUGCAGUUGCCGGGAUCUCCAAUGUGGUCUUGCCUCUUUUUCUUUAUGCUGUUGCUUAUUGGAUUGGACUCACAGUUUUGUACAAUGGAGGGAUUUAUCACUGCGAUUAUUGAUGAAUGGCCUCAAUUGCUAAGGAAACGCAAAGAAAUCUUUAUUGCUAUUGUAUGCGCACUUAGCUACUUAGUGGGCUUAACCUGUAUUACACAAGGCGGUAUGUAUAUAUUUCAAAUAUUGGAUUCGUAUGCAGUCAGCGGCUUUUGCUUACUAUGGCUCAUAUUCUUUGAGUGCGUCUCUAUAUCUUGGUGCUAUGGAGUUGAUCGAUUUUAUGAUGGUAUUAAGGAUAUGAUCGGAUACUAUCCCACAGUAUGGUGGAAAUUCUGUUGGUGUGUAACCACCCCUGCUAUAUGCUUGGGCGUCUUCUUCUUCAACAUAGUUCAGUGGACCCCAAUUAAAUAUUUGGACUACAGCUAUCCAUGGUGGGCGCACGCUUUUGGUUGGUUUACGGCAUUGUCAUCCAUGCUUUAUAUACCAAUAUAUAUGUUCUGGUUGUGGAAACGAACUCCUGGUGACUUGAGUGAGAAAAUCCGAGCUAUAGUUAGAAUAGACGAGGAUGUAACCCGGUUACGCGAGAAAAUGCAGAGAGAAGCUUAUGCUAAGGAGGUUGAAUUUAAUUCUUUAUAGGCGUAUAUAAGUUAUCUCAUAAAAAUGUAAGGCACUUUUGGUUGACCCGUUCAUUCAGCUAAAUUUGAUUUUGAUUAAUUUUCCAUACUUUUGAAAUUAUUCCCAGCAUAGACAACUCAUGUAGCAACGUUUUCUUUGAUCUUUAACUCAACUUUCCUGUAUUGACCUAAAUUUUUGCAAUGAACCCUUGUAGUAAUUUUAUAUUUAACAUAAUAUUCUCGUUUUUAACACAAAAGCUAGUCUAAAUAAUCAAGCACAAAAAUGAAUAUAGGUUUUUAAAUGGUUAUUGGAAGGUUUUAUGUGGUACUUACUCAACGGUAGUAUGCCAUUUAGAGUGAUUAGAAUCUUAAAUUUCUAAAAAUUUGGCUUUGUAAGCAAACGUGAGCACAGUGCUGAAUAUCAAACCAAUUUUACCAUUGUUGCUUAAGAAAUUGAUCGAUAUGUUCUUGACCUGCCAGCGUCAAGUUCUCAUCCAUUAGUUUAGGUUACUUGAUAUAAUAAAUACAAAACAAUAUAUAUUUAAUAUUGCAAAUGUAAAAACUAAAGCCGUGUUAGCAAUCGCACAAAAAAUUUUAUAGGACGCAGAUACAUUCACAUAAGCAAGUUUAUACAUUCCCUGCAGUUCUAAAAGCCAUUUGUCACCCAUGACUCACUUCACAAUCGGCGAGAAAGAAAAUGAUAUCUUCACAUAGACGUCACUUGGCUUGCAUAGCUGACUGCCAGAACCCCAGGACUUGCGCUUUGCAUUACUCAACAUCAGAGUCUAUAUAUUUCUCAAAACUGAUACGGAUUAGAAAAUAUUUUACAAUGUAGUAUUGUUUAGAAAUAAGAAAUGGUAUCCCACAAUGAAAUCGCAUUCAUGUAAAUUAAGAUUGUCGUUAUUUAUAUAUAUAUUUAUUUCAGUGACCUGAUGGUGCUUCAGGCAUUGUUAUGUAAUUUAUCUUUAAAAUGUCUAUAUGUUGCUCAACGUGUCAAAUAAAUCGAAUAUCCACUUAA